CCUGCUCGAUUUUAAUGUAACGUGGAGAUCGCCGGACGGACCGAGAAAGGACUUGUAACUCAAGCUGAAACAAAUGUUCCUCAUGAUGUCCAGAUAUCUCGGUCUGCUACUUUUUAUCACAGCUUUUACGUACGCAUAUGGUGCCAGAAAGUGUGAGGGUAACGGUGUAGGUCUAAAAUAUUUAUGGGGUGACGCACUCACCGAUUCUCCUGACUGUGUAGGACCAAAUAACAUGCAGUAUCCCUCCGCCGCGAUAUCGAGGAGCUUUAAGAACCUCUGGGCGGGCAGUAGUCGAACCGCGCGAUCGCAUCAGCCACGGACGAUUGAUCCCGAACUGACGAGGCAGGCGCUUUUGCACAACUACAAAGCGGCCCACGGGGACUAUUCUAUCGCCGGAAGCUCCCGGAACGGCCGUGCAUUUUCCACGAAGGAAAGUUGCGGCUCACCCGCCCGACUCUGUAAAACAAGAUACAAUACCACAGCUCCUAUGUACGGCAUCAGCCUCACCAGCGGAUCGCCAGUGACGAUCGUGCAGAAGUUCCCCGAUCUUCUGCAGCAGGUCGUCUUCGAAGUUUGCGAAUCGAAGGAAUGCGACGUGGUUCACGGCGAGUGCACGCAGACCUUCGUGCCGUACCUGUUUCUGGUAAUUCCCCUCGGACCAGUGACCUUGACCGGCCAGGAUUACGUGUUGGUGGAGAGCGGUUGCGUCUGCAAGGCGAGAAAUUCGGCAGGCGCAUCCAACGACGCGCCGCCGGCCAUUCCGAGUUACUAAUCGUUCAUCAGGUCGCAGGCAUCGUCGAUUGUUCUCCUCAUCGGAGACGAUAGGACUCAUUCUGAAUGCCGCGUUCCACCGGAACGUUCCACAUUACAGAGCAAUCUCGGGAAUUAAAGUCCCCGAAUGGCUCGGCAAUUUCAUCGAUGCGACGCUAGAGUUUACUUCUUGAAAGAAAUCUCUGCGGUAAGCGUGUGUGUGGGAUGAAUCUAUCCUCUAUUUCUUUUUGUAACGGAAGACAUCGUAACUCCACGCAGUUCGUUACCCACGUUGGUCUCUUUAAUUCAAUCGAUUAUCAGCUAUGAUAGAGUUAAAUAACACUAUUAACUUGUUCAGUAUUUUAUUUUAUUGAUUUAUUAAUUUUUUCUGUUACUUUUUCUUUUUCUCAAUCUUGGAGGUUUUAGAAGAUAUAUUAACUCCACAUAACUGAGGCAAUCGAACUGAAAUAGAUGUCAGCUGAUAAUAGAUCAAUGAUCACGGGACAAAAUUACAUUGAAGAUUUCUUGAAAGAAAUACAUCUAGCGAAAUAAAUUGCCCUUUGUCGCAAAUUGCGAUCCUUUGCGAGUUAUUUCGCAUUUGCGACAUCGGUCAAUUUGCGAAACCUGGACGAACUGUCCACGAGGAUGAGAAUCCGUCGUCUGAAACGCGAACUAUGGAAGAUAAGACUGUCGCAGUCGAUGGAUUUCGUCCGAUAAAUAUAUCUCUCUCAACGAAUUUACAUAUCGUCUUUUCCCAAAUAGCCAAAUCUCUUGAUGUUGCAAUUAUGUUGCCAACAAUCGUGCAGUAACUAAUUUAGACAAACUCGGAACAAGGUGAGCAUCGGAACAGCAUUAUGUCUGUUAGGUUGAACUCAUAUGAAUUCUAUUUUUAACAAUGGCAAAUUGAUAGCAACAUGUUAGCAUUAAUUUGUUAUCAAUCAUUUGUUGUUGCCAUGUUGCUGUUAUAUCGCAAACAAUAUAAUGUAUCAUUAUUGCUGACCGUUUCCUUUUUUAAGUGUCCUCAACUGAUGGCAUGUAUAAGUAAUCAUGUUGUUGAAUUCAUAAUAUGUUUUAUUUCGAUGUCAACAAAUGUAUAGCAAAUCUAUAACAACACGUGCAAUGUUGUGCAUACAUGCAUUAAGUUUGCUCAAAAUGCUACAUCACGCUUGGCUAUCUGGGUUUUUCAGGCAAGGUCUGAUACUUCUGGGCUGACGCUCUCUGGGCGGAUGAGUCAAAUCAUGAGUCUGCACAUUUAGUUACACUCGAACCACGAUAUCCCUAAUAGCACAAAACAUUGGCGCAAUGUUGGGAAGUAAUGUAAAUUCAAUAUCCCCAAUAUUGGUCCAAUAUUGUAAAGUAGACGCUUAUUUAGCUACGUGGUGUAAGCAGUAAUAUUAUAGCUCAAUAUUGGUUUAACAUUCGAUUAAUGUUAAAUUAUUCAAUUUUUUUUAUAUUAAUUGCAUCCUAAUUUGGAACCAAUAUUUUAUGAAUCAAUAUUGACAUUAGAUUAGGAAAACGUUAGCCAAUACAACCCAAUAUAACCAAUGUUUAAUCAAUAUUAGCUAAUGUACUACCAAUGUAAUGCUGUUAGGGAUAAAACGUGUUUCUCAAUCGAAAUCUGCUUACGGGUAGCCGGGAAUGUAAGGACGAUUCGAGCGAUUCAUCCUCCUUCCGCUCUCAUCUCUCUUUUUUUGUGCCAAAAAAAGAAGCCUCGGCCGGAGGACACAUAUUCCGGCCGGCAAAUGAAAAAGCAAAUCCGGGGCAGUACACGCGCAGCGCCGUUUCGCGGAAUCCGGUCUCGGAAUUCGAUCGAGUUCACUAGACUCGCCGCCUCCCCGAGCCGGUUUCGAGCAGGUGCAAAUAGCGUUUCAGGUGAGCCUGGUGAGGUGUCCACCGACGGAGUCGUCCGCGGGCUGAGUGACUGGCUCCCUUAAGCGCUUACGUUGCCGUAAAUCACGCUAUUAUAUCGCAAUAAAAUCGACGCGUUUUUGCCUCAGAAUUGGCAACCGUGGAUCGUCGGCGUGCCUUGACGUAAUUUAUCUUUACGACGUAUCGCACACUUUUAUGAAUCAUCCUGUCCGGCCAGGAUUUCCGCGUCGUUCGAGGGUAAUGAACGACAGGAAAUCCGAAUUUACGCACAAAGACAGAGAUACAUCAGCGCCGGGAUUUUAGAUUCUCUAGAGUUACAUUUAUAUUGCUCGUUACAUUUAUAAGUAUCGUUAUUAUGAAAUCUGCAAGCUUCGGUCUAAUGUAAAAAUUAAUUGUGAGAAUAGUAACAAUACUCCGCUACUUUUGUACCAUAUCUGUUCUACGAAACUGACGUAGAAACGACGAAUCCGCGCGAGUUAAUUAGGAUAAUAAAUUAUUGCUCUAGUAUAAAACCCCCGUAGGCUUAACACAAUGACCCGAAAUGCCGAUUAAAAAUGCUAGCUUGAAGGAUGUCUGUAGGACUUCCGUAUCUUUCAGCCGUGGCGUUUCUUACAUCUUCUUUUUUAGCACUUCGCGCUUCCUGUAGCGGUAGCAAUUAUAGUAACACCGGCAGUAAGCGUUCUCCAUUUACUGGGAGUAUGUCAUCACGACUUCAGCCUGCUGACCCAAAGAGAGAGAGAGAGAGAGAAAGAGAGAGAGGGUCAAGAUCAUCGUACUACUUCCUGCCACGCUUGUGUUACACGCGAGUCUCCCCCGACCACGCGAAAAAGACUGUUGCCCCGUUUUGCGCUUGGCUCCUCGAAGAAACCGGACCUCGUAACAAAACCUGCAUCGUGACGGACGAUACGUACGUAUGUACGUACGUACGUACGUCGGGAAUAGAGUGUACCGUGAAUUCCGAUGAGUCCCGUAAUGUACCGUUAUCCGUUCGGGUCCCCCUCAUCUCUGGGCAUCUCUCGCUUCUCGCCUGCCUCGCUCAUCAUCUCGUCGUAAAUAAUGACGACGACGACGACGAGAUGCGCGCAACAUCCCAAAGUCCAGGGUGAGCGAAUGAGAGGGGGAGGGGGGGAAGGGGGCAAACUGGAACGUUUUACACGGCGAGCGAGUCUUACACCUGUACUGGGACCAGACUUGACCGAGUACGACAGAGAAUUCGAAAGAAUCGUUUAAUGAAAACAAAAUCGACGCGUUUCUCACGCAGGACUGACGUGAUCAAGUUAAUUUCUAAUCACGUCGUAUAUAAAUUGUACCGAAUCGUUUCUCUCGAGCCAAAUAUCGACAAUCGCCCGACUCGCGUCUAAGGGAAGAAAAGGCAAUAUCAAACGAGACGAAUGGCGUACGCGCGCAAUACAGAUGGAUACUUUCUCAUUUUCAUGUCACCAAUUUGUAUUUAUAGCUGUAAUAUGCAUUCAUGUAUUUAUAAUUUAUUAUUAGACUAUUAUACAUUGUAAGCCUCGUGAAAAA